AUGCGUAGCCUUCACAUUGAGAAGCUUGUGCUCAACAUCUCUGUCGGUGAGUCUGGUGACAGACUUACUCGUGCUGCCAAGGUGCUCGAACAAUUGACCGGUCAGACUCCUGUCUACUCCAAGGCUCGUUACACCGUCCGUACCUUUGGUAUCCGUCGUAACGAAAAGAUCGCCGUUCACGUUACCGUCCGUGGCGCCAAGGCCGAGGAAAUCCUCGAACGUGGUUUGAAGGUCAAGGAAUACGAAUUGCGCGCUCGCAACUUCUCCGAGACCGGUAACUUUGGUUUCGGUAUUGAUGAACACAUCGAUUUGGGCAUCAAGUACGAUCCCUCCAUCGGUAUCUACGGUAUGGACUACUACGUUGUCAUGGGUCGUCCCGGUAACCGUGUUGCCCGCCGUAAGCACUGCAAGACCACCGUCGGUCCUCACCACCGUAUCAAGAAGGAGGAAUCCAUGGAAUGGUUCAAGUCUCGCUUCGAUGGCAUCGUCCUCAACAAAUAA